GCCUUACAGCCCCUUCAUAUCUUUUUUUCCCACCCUCCGCCUCCUUACGCUUCUCAUCUCCUUUGUCUCAUCAUAUACUUGGUACUGUCACUCAAAGCCCAUACACGCGUAUGCACAUAUAUACAAACACGACAGAAAGAUCAGAAACCAUGAGUAACCAACGCCAGGACGAAGUCGACGCAUUCUUUAACGCCAUUGAUUCACCUAUAGCCAACACUGGCUCAAGAACAGGAACAGAAUUAGGAGUAGGGACAAGAGUAGAGGCAGAGGCUGGCACAGAGGCAGGAAUUGGAAUAACGUCCUCUAGUACGCCAGAAGCCCCUCGUCCCAGAUCAGGAUCAGAGUCAAGGUCACGAUCAGCGUCAGCGUCAGCGUCAGGACCAGGGUCAUGGUCACAACAUUCUUCGGGAAACGAUGACAGCAAUAGACCAAUGGAAACAAUCCAACGCAAGGAAUCUCCUUCUAUAUUCAAUGCCAAUUCAGCAAUCUUACCUCUAUCAUCCUCUCCUUCCCUAUCCCUAUCCUCCUCCGGUCGAACACAGCCACCUGGAACGAGUCCUGCAAUCCAGAAAGGAUCUAUGCCCUUAGGACUAGCAUUGGGAGGGUCAAGAUUUAGAAGGAAACCAUUAUUUGAUCCAGAUGAUGAUAAUGAUGAUAACGAUGAUGAGAGAGGAGAAGGAGAAAGAAAAGAGGAGGGAGUAGGAAAUGGAAGAAGAGGAGCAGGAAGAGUAUCAUCGAAUGUACAGAAGAAAAGGUUUCAGGAGCUGAUACAAUCGGAAUACAAUGGAGGUACGGGCUCGAAUGAUCAUAAUAAGCAGCAUAGGCAUCUUAGAAAGAAAAGAGGUGACGAGGAACAAGUUGGAAUUGAAGAGAUACAUGAUAUUGAAACUCAUCAAGACCGGGAAGAAGAAGACCGAGAUGAUGAUGAAGAUACCAACUCGGAAACACCGCUGCAUCCUCAAGAAACUAUCCGGGGAUUGAAGAGUCACCAUGAUUUCAAUUUCUUCAAAAACAAAAAUCUACCAGACCAUCAAGGGGGAAGGCGUAGUCGAAGUAACUCAUUUCUGAGCCGGUUAGGAGCUAGUGCUGCAGCAGUCCUUGGUACUGGAGACAAUAGCGGUGGUAUUGGUAUUAGUAGUAGCGGUGGUGGUAGCAGCAACAACUACGGCAAUAAUAGUAGUAUCAAAAGCAGCAGUCAUAUGAAAUCACCACGCUUAGGUAUCGGACCAUUUGCAUCUGCCUCUAGACUCAAUCCACGUCACUCAAGUAAAAUGUUCUUCCCUAGAACUACUGUGUUAGGAACAGGAGGAGGAGUAUCAGCAACAUCACCAGCAGCGUCAGCAGCACCAACCGCAGCAAGGACCUCAGAUCCAUUGAAUGCUGACGGAACUAAUCCAGGAGUAUCGGAAUUGGAAAGUGAAGGAAAUGGAAGGGUAGGAGCAGCAGGUUGGAAUGGAUCGAUAGGGAGUAUGGAUCAUGGAUCAGGAUCAGGAUCAGGCUCGGGAUCGUAUUCAAAUGGGCCGAGUCCGAUUUAUCCUGGAGGCAUAAAUCCAUAUCAUGAUGAUGCUGUGGAUUGGGUUGUUGAAGGCACAGGCAUGCGUGUUGCAUAUGAUGACUUUACAACCAUUGGUAAGGUUUUUAUUUCUAUUUUAUUUUAGCCGUUCGUUGCCUGUACAUACUCGUAACGUUAUAAACAUAAAAUAAUUUGAUCGAUCUAUUUCUCUUAUUAAACAUAUAUAUAUAUUCAUAGAUUGGAUCCAUGAUUACGCAGACGAGAGACAACGGAUUCGGAGAAUUCAACGAAUGCCGGGAGUGGCGGGCCAGAUUGCCAUCAU